AGUGCAGUCCACUCUCCUCUGUGCAACAUGUCCUGGACUCCCAGACUCUUGGCUCUGGUCUUCCUGGCUGCCCUCCUCAGUGUUUCUAGUCUUGCUGACGGUGCAGCAGUGCGGGAUGACUCCAAGUCAGCUGACACCAAAGAGGGCGCUCGCAGGGUCUUCAUGCCUGAGGCCGACGCCGACAACUUUUUCAAACGCCGCAGUCGCCGCUCCGUGAGCUACUACGAACAGCUGGCGGAGCAGAAGGUCCAGCGGGCCAACACAGAGCGCUGGAGGGAAUACAACGAGGAUCGACGCAACAAGUACGAGAACUACGCCGAAGAGGACCGCGAUGAGCAAACUGAAAGAACGAGGGAGACAAACGAGCAGAUUCGGGAGUAUCACUACGAUGGCCGUUAUCCCCGAUACCACUGGUUCCACUAGUGAGGCUUCCACACCGACAUUUUUAAACUAAACUUACAUUUCCAUACGGCUUCAAAUGUUUACGGACACUUGUAUUGUGCAGCGAAUACUGGUGAAGUCAAUUGUAAAUAAAGG